AUAACUCAGGCAUUUGCAAUCGCUUGCUUUCGCAUAAAGGGAAAUAAAGUGAAUCAGUGCGGUUGAUUGCGAAGUGUGUAAUUAGCGAAUUAAUCAUGUUAACAUUAAUUAUUCUAUCAGUAGUUCUCGUAGCUGGGUACUUUUACUGUGUGAAAAACUAUGACUACUGGAAAAAACGCGGUGUGCCAUACGUACAGCCGGUGGUGAUUUUCGGUUGUACGAUAGAUCCAUUCUUGCAGAGAAGGAGUAUGACAGAGUUGUUUGUGGAAUGGUACAAGAAGUACCCAGACGAGAAGGUCGUUGGAUUAUUCGAGGGGACCAAGCCUUGUCUUUUGAUCAGAGAUCCGGAGUUGGUGAAACGUGUGCUCAUUACAGACUUUGUGAGUUUCCAUGAACGUGGCCUUCACCCUGAUCAAGAAGGCAUCGAACCCCUUCUAAGUAAUUUGUUUUUCGUUGAAGGAGAUCUGUGGCGGUCUCUGCGACAGCGUAUGACGCCAGCUUUCACCAGUGGCAAACUAAAAGCCAUGUUUCCAUUGAUCGUUGAACGUGCGGAGAAACUACAAACUCGUGCGUUGAAUGCUGCCCGCCAGGGUAAAGUAAUCGAUGCUCGUGAUCUGAUGGCGAGGUACACCACUGACUUCAUCGGAGCAUGUGGUUUUGGACUCGAUGCCGACUCGCUCAACGAAGAAAACUCCGAUUUCCGAAAACUUGGCAAGGAAAUCUUCCGAUUCGGUUUCAUGCACGGUGUCAAAUCAGUGCUCAAAGAUUUGUUCCCUAGAUUUUUCAGGAGCGUAAAGUUUUUUGGAAAUAUCGAAAAUCAGGUGCUGUCACUUGUGUAUAAUAUUCAGAAGCAAAGGAAUUUCCAGCCGUCGAAUAGACAUGACUUCAUAGAUUUGUUAAUGGAAUGCCAAAGGAAAGGGCCUAUCGAGAUUGAGUCGCUGGUAAAAGUGAAGGCUGAUGGUACUCCAUCGAGAACCAUAAUUGAAAUGACGGAUCAGUUAUUAGCUGCUCAGGUGUUCAUCUUCUUCGCUGCAGGAUUUGAGACUUCCUCGUCGUCUACUAGCUAUACAUUGCACCAGCUUGCUUAUAAUCCGGAAGUUUUGAAGAAAGUGCAAAAAGAAAUUGAUAAGGUGUUGAGUAAGCAUGAUAACAAGUUAUCUUUUGAAGCUGUAAAAGAGAUGACGUAUUUGGAAUGGACGUUCAGAGAAGGAAUGAGAAUGUUUCCGUCCCUCGGGUAUUUAUCAAGAAUGUGCACCCAGAAGUAUACGUUCCCUGAGCUGGAUCUGACAAUUGACAAGGUUGGAAUCAUAAUUCCUCUUCAAGCUUUACACAUGGACCCACAGUACUUCGAGAACCCAGAAGAGUUCAGGCCUGAACGAUUUGAUCCUGAAAAUGAGAAGGAAUCAAAUAAAUAUGUUUAUUUGCCGUUUGGGCAAGGCCCAAGAGCUUGUAUAGGAGAACGACUAGGCCUGAUGCAAUCCUUGGCUGGUCUCGCGGCAGUUCUCUCAAAGUUCGACGUGACUCCCGCUCCUGAGAGCAAACGGGUUCUGGACGUGAAACCCCAGUAUGACAUCGUCCAGAACAUUGCGGGGUGAAUACCGCUGUUGUUUAAAGAAAGAAAGAAAGUUGAUUAAAGGUUACCUUUUUAUUAUUACUGAAUAAAUUACUGAGUUAUCUACACCAUCAUAAUCAAUUUUGCAAGACGAAUCGAUCUGUCUAAUCGCCUGAAAAUUUUGCAAAAUGUCAGUUACGUCAGUUAGACAGGCAAGCGACGAGUUUUAACCUAUGGAAAUAUACAUAAAGAGUAAGAGUACCAUAAGGUAUGAUUUACCGCUUUUUUCUUCCAUGAUACUGUCCCUAGAGUAGGUAUUAGGUAGUAUGUCCACCUAGACCCUUUCAAUUCGAGAUCUCGUUUAUCCCACUUUUUACCUACUCAGUAACAGCUGUCUUACACUUAACGAUGGUAGCUUUUUGUCACAAAAUUUCUGUUUUAUGUUGUUUCUUUUGAUAAAUUAUGUCAGUAGGCACGAGAUUUAAAUACCUCCUUAAAUUCCCGGUACACUUUUAUAAGACUCAGAAUUAGGCCCUUAGUACUACAAAUCUUGUCUAAAUUACGUGAUAAUCACCGCUCUAUCUCUACAGUCUGGAGGAGACAAAAAACUUGACAAAUCGCUUUGUAAAUUUGUCACUCCUCCGUAGUGCCUCCUGACAAAUUGUUAAAUCCCUUUUAGCUGCAUGCCUUAUUUUUAACGUGUCUAAAUAGGAAAAAAACUUUCUAAUAAUUAUUAUUAUGUGCUUGAUGAACAUUGUGGUUGCCAAUUUUGUAACUGGCAACACAUAAAUACAAAUAAUGUACUUACCUAUUAGAAGGAACAUAAUCUAUAAUUUUUGAUUCAACGUAAUUACUUUUUAUUUAAAUUGAUUUUGAAUAUCUUAACCUUAUAAAACAAUGCAAUACUUUA